UGUCAUUUUCAUUUGCAUUCCUCGCUUCCACUGGAAAGGUUGUCGUCAGUGCCAUACAAGAGAUCAUUAUGGCGAACCGAUUGGAUGUUAUCAUAUUUGGAGCGUCUGGAUUUACCGGCAAGUAUGCAGUUUAUGAAGCUGUCUCCGUUUUGGGCGAUCUAAAAUGGGGCAUUGCUGGACGUAACCGUGAAAAAUUGGAGGCUGUUCUCGAAGAGAUGGGUUCCAAGGCAAAUAGAAAUUUACGAGACACUCCCAUUACUAUUGCCAGUGUGGAGAAUGAGCAAUCCUUGCUGGAGAUGGCUAAACGUUGCCGUGUUUUGGUGAAUUGCUGUGGUCCCUAUCGAUUUUAUGGAGAGCCUGUAAUACGAGCGUGCCUUGAGGCUGGUACACAUCAUGUGGAUGUCAGCGGAGAAACACAAUUCAUGGAAUCUAUGCAGCUCAAGUAUCAUGCCCAAGCCCAGGAGCGUAAUGUUUAUAUGAUAUCCGCCUGUGGUUUUGAUUCUAUACCCGCUGAAAUGGGUAUUGUGUAUGCAGAAAAGAAUUUCGAUGGUGUGGUCAAUUCUGUGGAGGCCUAUGUGAAAACCUAUGCGAGAGGAGGACGAGCAGCAGGAGGUGGCAUUCAUUAUGGCACCUGGGCUAGCGCAAUACAUGCAAUUGCCAAUUGGAAAGAAAUUCGUGACAUUCGGCGGGAAUUGUUUAAAACAAAUGUACCACGUAGCUAUCCAAUUAUUAAAAGACGUCGUCCACUUUCCUAUUCUGAUGUGGUGAAGGGUGUAUGCUUGCCAUUUCCGGGUCCCGAUGAAUCGGUGGUUAUGCGUUCGCAGCGCUACCUCUACGAGCAUAAGAAAAAACGACCUGUACAAAUGCAUGCCUACCUCACCUUUAAAUCGUACAUUGUUGCAGGUAUAUUAGCUCUGGGUGCACUCUUUCUAGGUUUGAUGAUGCAAUUUUCUUUUGGACGUCGUUGGCUUUUAAAAUACCCAAAACUCUUCACAUUUGGCGCUGUAUCACACGAAGGACCAUCUGAAGAAGCCAUGGAGAGGACCUACUUUAGUACGACCAUAAAAGCAAUGGGAUGGCCUAAAUCUAGUGUUUCAGGUGCAUCAAAUGAGCCCAGCGGACCACCAACCAAAUCGUUAACCAUUAAAGUGACUGGUCCAAAUCCUGGCUAUGGUGCAACAAAUGUAGCAUUGCUGUGUACCGCUAAAAUAAUCUUGAAAGAAAGUGAUAAAAUGCCUGGAACUGGCGGUGUAAUACCACCAGGCGCUGCCUUUGCUGAGACUAGUUUAAUUAGUGAAUUGGAAAAACACGAACAUGGUUUGAAAUUUGAGAUUUUAUCGAACAAAUAAAGCUGCCAAAGCAAUUUUGUAAUCAAACAUAGAAGUUUGUUUAUUGUA